GUUCAACUAGAAUGUAUUCCGACUCCAUAUUAAGCGAAGGGUGUUGUCACAAAAAAUGUGCAAAAUGAUAUUUUUUUUGGUAUCAUUUAUAAAGAAUGGAUAAUUUUCUGAGAUAUUCUGUUUUAUUUUUUCUGGAUUUAAAAUUGUUCUAAACAUAAUAUUUUUUUGCUAAGAGAGGAUUAUUUUGACAGAUGUGAGAUCGUGUUACUAAACGAAUUUCAAGAAGAGACGUAUUUCGAAGCUUUUAAAUCCGGCUAGUUUCAAAAAAAGUAGCGCAAAAAAACACCUCGCAGUUGGGAUUAAUUUUUUUUUGUUUUAAAAUUUUGCAAAACAAAUCAGGAACAGCAACGGCAACAACAACAACAGCAACAAGUUCAAACGCAAGCGGAUGCAAAUGAUUUGUUGGAUGAGCAAGCUGGAAUUGGAAAACGUGUAACAAAUAAUAAUCGUUUAACGCAAGUUGUUAGCAAGGGUGUUGAAUUUCAACCGCACACAAUAACAAAAUCAACAACUUCGACGUUAUCGACGUCACAAGCAGCGCCGCAAUUACAAGUUUCCACAGCCGGUACAGUUAUUCCAGUGAACACGGGUCAAAAUUGUCCAAGAGGCGAGCGUAAGAAAGACUCCAGCAAAUUGAAUAGGGAACACAAUAUUAAGCAACAAAAGGAACGUGAUCGAGAUCGUUUUGGAGAAGGGAGUAGUGGUAGUGGACGUGGUGGUGGUGGUCGCGGUGCUGGUGGUGUUGGAAGUCAACAAAGUAUACGCUCGUUUAGUAAAUUACAAUGUUGGAGGUCGUCAUCAACAGCAAGUAGUUUAAGUACAGAGUCAUCAACAAAUGGCCAGACAACACUUAGUGAUAGUGAAACGUAUUCAUCAAUCGCGUUUAAAAGAAAUCAACAAACACAAGGUGGUUCUUUUGUAACAAAAGGUAGUAGUGGGGGUAAAGGAGGAACACCACCUACACAAUCAUCAAUUCCUCCUUCUGUUUCAUCAAUUCAAAUUAAAAAGACGGGGUCUGUGCAUUCAAGCCUCGGAAGUCCAGAAAAUCGUUCAAGAAUUUCUCCACAAAGAUCUGCCAAAGGUAAAACAAUACAUAAAUCACGUAGUAGUUCAACUGAAACGAGUUCUGAAAAAAAUUCAAAGAAUCGUUUACAAGAGUUGGCGACCGUUACCAGCAGUACAAGUACUAGUGCACUAGGACUUGGUGCCAGUAAUCAAAAUAUUGUGAGAUAUACUACUGGCAAAGUAACAAGUUCGCCUUUGGUAUUGGAUCCAGUUGGACUUGUAGCUGAUAAGCAGCAGCAGCCCCCAACAGAAGAAACUCCCUUCAUUUCACAACUGAUUCCUGACAAGUUAGCUAAUGAACAACCAAAAACGGAACAUAGUUCAAAUAUUGGUGGCGGUAAUGAAAUAUUUCACAUAAAAGUUGUAAAUCAAGGACCAUAUCAAACAGCAGAUCUGGAAUUAGAAAAGAAAGACAAACUGUUUGAAAAGGAUAUUAAAAACAAUGGGAAUAAAACAUCAGAAAAAGAAAAAAGAAAAAAAGAUUCAUCAUCGUCAUCAACUGGAUCAUCUGGUGUUUUUAAUAAUGUUACCACAACAACCAAUCCAACAGUAGUCCAUAAUGUUGGCAGCAGUGUUGGUUCAUCACGUUCCAUUAAAAAUCUAAUUCAAUUACAAAAUAUUUUUAUUGAACCAAAAAAGUGUCCAAGUGAGAUCGGUAGUGGUGCUGGUGGUGGGAAACUUCUUCAAAAGAAAACAAUCUCUUUAGAUAUUAAUAGUGAUAGUAAAAAUAUCUUAUCAGUAACUACGUCUAAUGAUUCAACGACGACGACGACGCAGCAACCUUUAUUAAGACGUAGCUACUCACAAGAUAACUUAAUAAGUUCUGGUAACGAUUGUCAACUGGCAUCCGAUCAUCAAUUAAUUGUUGAUAACGAUGGAAAUAUUGUACAAUUUGUUGAUAAUAUUAUUAAAACAGCAACGGAAGUUGUAUUGGAACGUAAAACAUCGACGACGACGAAGACGCCGACAACAAACUCCAACGAUCAAUAUGAUAAACUUAUUCAAAGAGUUUCUAUUCGAGAAAACGAAAUAUCUGAGAAAAAACCAUUCUUUCCACGGCGUAAAACCGAUUUACAGCCAAGUUAUCGUUCACAAGUUCCUAUUUUAAAGAAAAACCAACCAAAAGAUACAAGUAUAGAACGUAAAAAGAUACGAUUAAAGGAAACGACGUUAAAAAGUUCACCAGAUCGAAGUACUGGAAGUGGAACUGGAACUGGAACUAGUAGCACAACUAGUAAAUUUAAUCGUUAUAUACCACGAUUUCGUAAUAAAAGUGUUGAUGAAACGUUACCACGAAAAUCAGCUUUACGUGGUGAAAAAAGUGGUUCCGUACCAUCAAUCUAUCAAACUCCAGGUGGUGGUGGCGGUGGAACGAAUAACGUUGAAUGUAAAAAACAAUUAACUGUGAAUUUUACAAACAGCAAUGAAAAUGUAAAUAAAAUCGAUGAUAACUUCUUACCACAAAUUGAAAUACAUGAAUUUCAUGACGUAGAGGAUGACGAAGAUGACGAAGACGAGAAUGAUGAUGACGAUAUUGAAUUCUUUGAUACAAAGAAACCGGAAUCGGUUCGUAUUGUUGAGAAUAUCUUAAAUUCAAUAACAAAUAAAGUAACCGAUAUUUGUAAUGAAAAAGAACGAUAUCAAGCGUCCACAAGUAAAAGUCCUUUAUUAGAUCCCAAACAGAAAUUAAUUUAUCAGGAUUUAACACCGAUACAAAAUAAAAACAAAAUGGCAUUGAUACCAGUGUACCAGAAUUAUCAUUAUAAUCAAAAUUAUAUACCAACAUUUAAAAAUCCACAAAUGGCUGAAAUCACCGAUCAAAAUAUUGAGAUUCUACAUCGAAAUGUUGAAAUAUGUGAGGAUCAUCCGGAGAUUGUUGAGAAUUUAGAUCAGAAUUUAGUUUAUGGACCAAUUUUUGAACCGGAUAAAAUUGAACCACGUUAUGAACCCGAUGAAGAUGAUGAAGAUGAAAUACCUGUUGCUGAAUCACCGGAUGGCCGAUUCUUUAAAUAUGAUGAAGAAAUUGGACGUGGGUCAUUUAAAACGGUUUAUCGCGGUUUGGACACACAAACUGGUGUAGCGGUUGCAUGGUGUGAAUUACAAGAGAAAAAACUAAAUAAAACAGAACGAUUGCGAUUUCGUGAAGAGGCUGAAAUGUUAAAGAAAUUACAACAUCCAAAUAUUGUACGAUUUUAUAAUUAUUGGGAGACAACUGUUGCAAAACGAAAAAAUAUUGUUUUGGUUACCGAACUCAUGUUAAGUGGAACUUUAAAAACUUAUUUGCGACGAUUUAAAAAGAUCAAUCCAAAGGUAUUAAAGUCAUGGUGUCGUCAGAUAUUGAAAGGUUUAAGUUUUUUACAUUCACGAUCGCCUCCAAUCAUACAUCGUGAUCUUAAAUGUGAUAAUAUUUUUAUAACUGGUACCACUGGUAGUGUUAAAAUUGGUGAUUUAGGUUUGGCAACAUUGAAAAAUCGAAGUUUUGCGAAAAGUGUUAUCGGUACACCUGAAUUUAUGGCACCAGAAAUGUACGAAGAGCAUUACGAUGAAAGUGUAGAUGUGUACGCAUUCGGAAUGUGUAUGUUGGAGAUGGCCACGUCUGAAUAUCCAUAUUCAGAAUGUAUUGGACCUGCUCAAAUCUACAAGAAGGUGGUGUCUGGUGUUAAACCUGAAAGUUUUAGUAAGGUGGAGAAUCCUGAAAUACGUGAUAUUAUCGAACAUUGUAUACGACUCAAUCGUGAAGAAAGACCUAGUGUUAAAGAACUGUUGAAUCAUGAAUUCUUUGGUGAAGAUGUUGGUUUACGCGUGGAACUUGUAACGUCUCGAGAAGUUGCUAUAAAUGCAUUACUUAGUGGCAUCAAAAAAGUUGAAUUUCGUUUACGUGUCAUCGAUCCAAAGAAACGUUCACACAAACAUAAAGAAAAUGAAGCAAUCCAAUUUGAUUUUGAUAUUGAUCACGAUGAUCCCGAAGAAGUUGCUUCUGAAAUGGCUAAGUCUGGUUUUAUAUUCGAAGAAGAUUCGAAAAUAUUAACACGCUUGCUACGUUCACAACUUGCUUCAAUCAAUAAGGAAAAAGAGAAAAUUGAACAAGAGAAUGCGGAACGAGCACGAUUAGAAUUGGAACAAAAGGAGAAGGAAAUGUUGGAACAACAGAAACAAAUUAUGCAAGAACAGUUUCAACAGUAUCAACAAAUGACACAACAAGCAAGUAGCACAUCGAUUCAAUCAAAUGAUCAACAAUUAUCGGUGCAUCAGUUUCAACAACAAAAUCAAUAUGUGCAACAACAAAUUCAACAGCAUAUUGAAUUUAUGCAACAACAGCAACAACAACAACAGGGUUAUAUUCAACAAUCAGAACAAUAUCAAAAUCAACAACAACCCCCUGCUCAAAUAUACGCUCAACAACAACCUUCACAGCAUGAAAUACCACAACAAAGUGGACAAGGACAACAACAAUACACCCCACAUCAAUCUAUGCAACAAAUUCAACAACCACAGCAACAAUAUGCAACACAGCAACCACAACAAGGGCAAGUUGAUCAACAAAUGCAACAAUAUCCAAAUCAACAACAAUAUAUUCCAUCACAAGUUUCAAUUCCACAAUCUAUGGAUCAACAACAACAACAACAGUUUUUGCAUCAACAGAUUCAACAGCAAAUUUCUGUUGCACAAAUGCAUAAACAACAAACGGUUGAACAAUUACAACAAAGAUUACCAACGCAAAUGUCAAUUGAUCAACAUAAUAAAACAAAUGAAUUAAUGCGACAGCAAUCGUUGCAAGCAAUGCAACAAAUGCAACAGCAACCCAUAAUUCAGCAACAAAUUGAAUUACCAACAUUUAAUGAGCAACAAAAUGAUAUAAAUAUGGCAAUGCAACAACAACAAGCUGCGCAAUCUAAAUCAACACAAACAUUUCAAGCAACUCAAAAUGUACCUCAACCGGUGGUGGGAGUAGUACAACAAACAUAUCAACAAGAUCCAUCACUGCAACAAUAUCAACAAUUUAAUCAACAACCGACUGCUGUACAACAACAACAGAUUAAUCAAUCAACAACAGAUCCAAAUCAACAACAGCAGAGGCAAAUACAAUAUCAGAGUCAGCAAAUUAGUGGAAUUAAUACAGCCUCUACACAACAACAAACGGAGAUCUUAUAUCAACAAAAUCAAAUCGAUCCAAAUCAACAAUUACAAUAUCAAAAUCAACAACAAACAGAGGUUGUUUAUCAACAGAAUCAAAUAGAUCAACAAUUACAAUAUCAAAAUCAGCAAUUAGGUGGAAUUACUCAACAACAAAUAGAUCCAAAUCAACAAUUACAAUAUCAAAAUCAACAAAUAAGUGGAAUUACUGCAAAUCAACAACAAGCUGAUGUGUACCAACAAAAUCAAAUCGAUCUAAAUCAACAAUUACAGUAUCAAAAUCAGCAAAUAUCUACAACAAAUCAACAAAAUCAAAUAGAUCCAAAUCAAUUUCAAAAUCAAAUAGGCGGAAUAAUCACAGUAAAUCAACAAAAUCAAGUAGUUCCGAAUGAACAAUUACAAUUUCAAAAUCAACAAAUGAGUGGAAUACCAACGACAAAUCAGCAAAGUCAAAUAGAUCCAAAUCAACAACUUCAAAAUCAACAAAUUGGUGGAUUAACUACAACAAUUCAACUACAAAAUCAAAUAGAUCCAAAUCAGCAAUUACAAUUACAAAAUACGCAAAUUGAUCCAAAUCAACAAAUACAAUUUCAAAACCAGCAAAUUGUUGGUGGAAUAAUGACGAUGAAUCAACAAAAUCAAAUAGAUCCAAAUCAACAAAUGCAAUUUAAAAAUCAACAAAUAGGUGGAAUAACCACAAUAAAUCAAAAUCAAGUAGUUCCAACUGAGAAAUUACAGUUUCAAAAUCAGCAAACAGGCGGAAUAACCACAAUAAAUCAACAAAAACAAAUAGAUCCAAAUCCACCAUUGAUCUACCAAAGUCAACAAAUCGGUAGUAAUCAACAACCAGAAGUUGUAUACCAGCAAAAUCAAAUAGAUCCAAAUAUACAAUUGCAAUAUCAAAAUCAGCAAGUAAGUGGGAUUGCUGCAAAUCAGCAACAGGUGGUAGAUGUUGUAUAUCAACAAAAUCAAAUUGAUCCAAGUCAACAAUUUCAAAAUCAACAAAUUGGUGGAAUUACCACAACAAUUCAUCAGCAAGAUCAAAUCGAUCCAAAUCAACAAUUACAAUAUCAAAAUCAGCAAAUAAGCGGAGUUGUCACAAAUCAUAUAGAUCCAAAUCAACAAAUACAAUAUCAAAAUCAACAAAUAAGUGGUGGGGCUAUUUCUAAUCAACCACAGACCGAAAUUGCGUAUCAACAAAAUCAAUUAGAUCUAAAUAAACAAUUGCAAUAUCAAAAUCAACAACAAAGCGAGAUGGUAUAUCAGAUACCAAAUCAACAAAUUGGAAACGAUUCAAAUCAACAGGUACAAGUGAGUGGAAUAAUUUCGAAUCAACAACAAACGGAUAUUGUAUAUCAAAUACCAAAUCAAAAUCAACAGUUUAUGCAACAACAAAUUUUAUCAGAUAACGUUGAUCAAAAAAUACAUUCUGAUGGUGUUGAAGUAAUUCGUCAACAAAUCACUGACAUUGCAGGAGGAUCAACAGUUGCACAACAACCAACGUAUGCUGAAGUUGUUCAAAUGACAUCCGAAACCAAACAAAUACAAACCUCUAGUCAAAUACCAUCAACACAGUGUUUAGAAAAUCAACAAACAUUCGUACCAAAUACUACAGCGCAGCCGCCGUCAGUGAUACCUGCUGAUGAAAAUAAAAUCACAUCACCUGUCAAACAAAAUGUUGAAGUUAAAAAUGAGAAUAAUAGUUUUCAAUUUCAACAACAAAAUGCAUUUCAAAAUCGAAAAAUGUCGUUACAACACGAAAAUAGUCACGAGCAAGAUCAUAUACUUCUACAACGUCAAAUGUCUGAACCGAAAGAAAUGCCAAGUACGAAUACGGACACCCAAUAUCAGACCAUGGUGGAUGUAGAUGGACGUCGUUGGUUCCUAAAAGAUGAUCAAAUUAAACAAAACGAUUUAAGUAAUCUUCAACAAUUACCAUCUCAAACAUUAUUGAAUCAACAACAGAUUGAUCAACAAAUUCAACAAUAUUCGACAGUAACAAAUCAGCAACAAACCCCUAUAUAUUAUCAGCAAUCGACUUCAAUUCAACAACAACCUACCGAACCAUUAAUUCAACAAAAUUACCAACAAAAUUUUCAACACAUGCAAUCUACUGCUACCGAUCAGAUGCUACAAAAUUGUCAGCAAUUACCAAUAGCUGCAACAGAUCAACAGGUUCAGCAAAAUUAUCAACAGAUUCAGCAAACUAUUACCAAUGAUCAAAUUCCACAAAAUUAUCAACAUGCUACCGAUCAGAUUUCGCAAAAUUUUCAGCAAAUACCAAUUGCUACUGAUCAACAGAUUCAACAAAAUUAUCAUCAACAGAUGCAACAAACCAUUACCAACGAGCAAGUUCCACAAAACUAUCAACAGGUUCAAGAUCAACAGAGUUAUCAGCAACAUAUUCAAUUAUCAGAUAAUAUUCAACAGUUUCAACAAGUUUCCACUCAAGUUCCACAAAAUUAUCAACAAAUGCCUACUUUUACAGAUCAAACUAAAACAGCAGACCAACAGACUUAUCAACAAAUUCCGGUGGCUAAGGUCGAGCAACUACAAAAUUAUCAGCACAUACAACCGUCUAUUGAUCCGGUUCAAUUACAGAAUUUUCACCAGCAAGUACAGACAACCGAUCAAAUUCAACAAUAUCAAAAUAUUCAAAACUUGGAUCAACUUCAAAACUAUCAACUUUCACAAAAUUACCAACAGAUGCCUGUGAAAGAUCAAAUCGUAAAUUAUCAACAACAAACAUCAACAGAACCGCCGCCAACUCAACAAAUACAAACAUCAAUGGAUCAACAAACUUACCAACAUCAAAUUCAACAAAAUUAUCAACAAAUACAAGUGGCUGCUGAUCAACAAAUUUAUCAAAACCAAAUAGUACAAGGUUCGGAUCAAAUUCAACAAAAUUAUCAACAACCACAAAUUACUACAGAUACAAUCAGCUAUCAACAAACCACUGUUGAUCAAAUUCAACAAACUUAUUUAUCACAACAACCCACUGUAGAUCAACAAAAUUAUCAACAGUCUACCACUAAAGAUCAACAAAAUUAUCAGCAAAUUCAAACCAAUGUUGAUCAAAUUCAACAGAUUUAUAAUACAACACAAAUAACUGUUGAUAAAGGUCAGCAAAAUUAUCAACAAUUACAGGGGACUGGAACAACGGAUCAAAUUCAACAAAAUUAUCAACAAAUACAACAUCAACAGAUGCAUGUAACGUCCAUUGUUACAGAGCAGAUUCAACAAAAUACAGAUAAAAUUCAACAAAUGAAAAUAACUGUUGAUCAACAAGGAAAUUAUAAUCAAACUACAACCGAUCAUAUUCAACAAAAUCAACAAGUCUAUCAAAAUCAAAUGUCAAAUGUAAGUGAUCAACAACAAAUACCAACACAAAGUUAUCAGCAACAAACAACACAAGUUAAUUAUCAGCAACAAACGUCUACCGAUCUAAAUAAAAAAUUAACACCAAAUAUUGAUCAACAAAAUCAACAAAUAUAUAUUGGAGGAGGAACACAACAAAUUCCAGAACAAAUUAUAGUAAAUCAACAAAAUUAUCAAGCAAUUCAACAAAAUUAUCAACAAUAUCCGCCAACAUCUGAUCCAAAUUAUCAUCAAAUACCAACACAAUCAUACCAACAACCGAAUAUACAACCGAAUCAACAGAUUUAUUCAUCGAUUCAACAAGAUUUAAAUAUACCAGAACAAAAUAAAUCGAUAAAUUAUCAACAAACGAUACCUCAACCUCAACAGAUAUCAAGUAAUGAUCAAUAUCAAUCACAAUCAGUGCCAUCUAGUGUUGGAUACCAACAAGUAUCUGUUAAAGAUCAAUCGAUACAAUAUAAUGAAAUUCUACAAUCACAAGUAGCGCAAUCUGGUGCUAAUCAACGAAAGUUUUCUGUUCAACCUACAUCAACACCAACAACAUAUCAACAAGAUAAUGAUCUGAUUCAUAGAAAAAUGUCUAUUCAACAUGUUGCUGCAACUGUUGGAACACCUGUUGUACAACACGUUGUACAACAUACAUCAACAAAUACACAAUCGAAUCAACAGCCAACACAAAAUACAGAUCCUUUAAAAGAUCAAAACCAGAUUACACCUCAAACAAAUACUACGACAGACCCGUAUCGUAAACUAUCUUCACAAGUUCCACAACAUGUCCAAAAUUAUAUAACACAACCUCAACGACAUUCAAUGAGUGAACCACCGCCGACUACGUUACGUCCACCAGUCACAGUUCUUUCGUCCAAACAGGAUGUAUCGAUUCAAUCAUCCGGACAACCGGAUCAAAAUUGGCAACCAAUAUCGUCUCAACAACAAACUGAAAAUUCACAGAAUGUUCAACAAAGUCCAUGGCAACCACCUCCAACGAGUAUACCUGGUGAACAAUCAUAUUAUCAAAUCAAACCUGAUGAAUUUUCAUCGGAUCAGUCAAGUGGUCUUGGUCCUAGUGCUAUUCCUCCAUAUGUGGAUAAUUUUAAUCAACAGGGUACAAUAUCAGAUGGACAAAAAGUUGAUACACCGGACAUUGAUAAACGACAAUUUACUGAAGGUCAAGUGCCAGGUCAUUAUAAUGAUAAUCCAACAGCAAUGGAGAAACGUUUGAAACGAUCUGGUACACGUAGACGCUCUAAUAAAAGUUCAUCAGAUAAACCAUCAAAAUUAUCAGUAUUAUCUGUUGUGAAUAGUUCCAUUGUUGAAUGUCAGUUGGAUAGUUCCAAACAAAAAACCGUUACAUUUAAAUUUGAUAUCGAUGAUAUGAAUCCUUCAGAAAUAGCUAAUAAAUUGGUGCAAGAAAAUUUACUACCCGCCAAUCAAAGUGAACCAUUGAUUGAAUUAAUCGCCGAUAUCGCAAAUCAAUUACGUACACGUCCUGAUAAAAUGCCUGAGGUUGCGUCCAACAUUAUAUCAACGGUAAAUAGUUCAUCAGCUGUACCUGGUGAUGAUAAUUCAGAGCCAUUAGAAACAGAAACAUCUAGAGAUAAUUCACCGAACUCAUCUAGUCGACGUACACGAGUUCGAAAUCAAACCACCGAAACUAAGGUGAGACAUGCGUCUCUAACACGACAAUCGUCUCAUAGAGCGUCUUAUAAAUCACAUAGGCGACAUCGUUCUCGUGAUGAAACACCAAAUGCAUUAUCUCAAGUGUUCGAUCCAAAUUCAGAUUCAAUAACCUUAAACAAUAUGAUACAAUCAUCAACAAUGACUACACCCCCUGUACCUGUACCAUCUGUAGCACCCACAGCACCCACAACAACAACCUCAUCAACAGAGAAUCAACAAGAUAGUUUAUCAAAUAGUGAAAAUGGUUCUAGAAAAACAAGUACAGCUAGUGAUUAUACACCAGACUCAACAAUCAUCGUACAAUCAACAAACACCGCUCAAUCAUCACCAGAAAAUAAAAUCAAACGUAGUGAAACAAUUGAUAAUAGUGGUGGGGAUAUUAUGACAGUUGUUGCUGAUGAGGAAAUUGUAAGCGAAUCAAUAAAUUGUGAUAAUCGUAAUCGUAAUGAAUCUCUUGAUAAUAAGACUGAUGAGAAGGAUAGUGGUGAGCUUGAAAUACCACCAAAAGAAACAAAUUUAAAAGUACCACAACGAAAAAUAUCUAGAUUUUUAGUUAGUCCUGUAUUAGAUAAAUUAGAAAUACCAGAAUCUAUGCAACAAGCACCUGUUACAACUGAUCCCACUCCCACCACCAAUCAGAAUGAUAAACCAACGGGAGAUUUACAAGCGCAACAACCGAUUUGUGGUCCUGAAACAAUUAACACACUGGCACAGUUACAAAUCGGUCUGGAAAAUAUUACACAUGUUGGUGUGAAAAAAUUGAAAGACGAUAACAAAGAAUCCGCUGCACAGACGCCAACCGACGAUGAAAAACCAAUCGAUAACUUACAACCGCCUACAAAUCUAUCAAUUAACGCAUCUCCGACACCAAGUACAUAUGCAUCAAUCCAACCGAAUCUUCCAUUGAUUCCAGAAGGAGUCCAAGUGGAGACGACCGUCGUUAGCAAUCAGUUGAUUGAGAAUGCAAUUGAUCAACAGACUCAUGAAGAUGUUGAUGAAUCAAUAUCCUCUGAGCAAUUUAGUUCAACUGGAACGGGUAGUAUGCCACCGUUACGUGUGGAUGCGUCUCGUCGUGCCAGCUGUGAAUUGGUUUUAGAUUCAACGGCGUUGUCUACAUGGAAUUCAUCGUUGAGUAAUACUCCCGAUUCAACGAUAUUACCCAAUUCAUCCGAUCAAGCUGCGCUGUUAAAUAAAAAAGUAUCUGGUCAAACGUCUGAAACAACAAAAAUGGAAACGUUACAAACGUUGCAUCGAAGAUUAUCCCAAUUAACUGCACAUUCGGACGUGAUUACAUCCGCACAAACGCCACCCACAUCGAUAACACCGAAUUUACCAACCGAUGAACAAUUAUCAUCAUCAAAUCUUCAAACAAUAUCAGAUAUUAACGAACAAGAAAAUUUACCACCGGAAAUCGAAAAAUCAGAUAAUUUAGAUUUAAAUCUAGCGCCAAAAUUAGAUGUGGAUGAAUCUGUAAAUGUAAAAGCUACAAAUGUUGUACCAAUUGUGCCACAAUUAUCCGAUUUAGAGUUACAAUUGGCACGCAUCAGUAGCACAUCAGCAUAUAAACCAAAAAUAGAAUUAUUACCUCAACCACAAACGACUGUUUCUGGAUCUGGAUCUGGAUCUGGACUUGGUGGUGGUGGUGGUAAUUUAUUAGAUGUUGAUCAAACGUCAACGAAUGAGAGUUCGGAUGUAAAAGUUGUUGAACGUAAAAUAUCAAGAUUUAAAGUAAGUGUGGUCGCUGAACCGGAUGUAUCACAAUUAAAUGUGGAUCUAAGUAAAUAUCCAGAUAAUCCAAUAGUUGAUCAAACAAUUCAGGAUCCAGGUGUUAAUAAUGAUCCUGCUCCUAGAUCGAUGUCUUUAGUGAAUCAACAAUGUGAACAAACUGGUCCAAAUCAGUUUGGAAGUAGUAAGUUAUUGGAAGGUGGAGGAAAUGAUAUUAAAAUACAGCACGCAUCAUCUGAGAAUAAUAUUAGUCACAUUAAAGCGGAUUCAUCGUCGUUAUCGAACUCGAACACGUUAGAAAUACGUAAAGGACGGUUUAGUAUCAUCACUCAUUCGAAUCCAUCUCAAGAGUUACGUGGCGUCACUAAUACUAUGCAAUGUGAGUUUCGAGUUACUAAUUUACCACCGGUUCACGAUACAACAGUUCCACCAAAAGAUUUAUCAUCAACAAUUGUGUCCACCAUUGAACUCACCUCGUCCACAACUUCACCUCCCCUCAAUUUAAUGUCACCUGUAUACGUAUCUACUGACUACAUCGAUCCAUCUAAACAUUCUACUAGUUUGAUUGUAUCAGAUUCAGUUGGUACUACUGUUAUUACUAAUAAUAUUACUACUUCACUAACAAUAACAGUACCACAACAAAAAACACAAAACUUACUAACAAUACCAUCACAAUCACAAUCACAACAAUCACAGCCAACAAUCACAUCAAAAACAACGAUAACAAACAAAAAUAAUUUAUCAAAAAGUUUAAGUUACUCGGACAUAUGUGCACAAAUCGAUCAAAUAUUACCAAUGCGAAGUACUCGAAUACGAAAUAAAACUCAAGUUACCAAUAAUACACAAAGUGUUCCAAACGUUUCCGUAAUUGGAACAAAUAUAGAGAAUUUAUCCAGAAGUUUAAGUAAUUUAAAUAUGGCUCCCUGUCCCUGUACAAUCCCACAAAGUCCUCCAAUACAAUCUUACUCUCUUCCACAUUCCCCAAUUCCACAAAAUCCUCCAAUACAAUAUGUUUCGUACUCUUUACCACAAUCUCCGAUGGCAACACCUUCGUUAAUUAUACCAAAUUGUGCUUGCGCACUAUGUUCAAAUACUAAUCCAUCUCCAAAACCAAUAAAUCGUUCGAAAAAACGGAAAAAUGCGAAUAAAAUUGAAAUAUCUUUAUCGAAAUAUUUAGAUAAGAAAAUUAUUAAGAAGAAAAUUGAAAUAUUAGCUAAAACACAAUUAGAAAAUCGUUUAACGAAGAAAUUUUAUUGUUCGUUAGACGAUUUACGAAAAAUUGAGAAUAAGAUCAAUGAACUUAGUUAUAAACAUGAACAAUUAGAAAAAAAUCUUUCUAAAUCCAUAACACCUCCCGUAAAACCAACUCCAACUCCAACACCAACACCAACUCCUCCAUCAAAAUUAGAACGAAAGAAAUCAAUAUCCGCCCAUAAUCUAGUAAUUUACGAUACCGAUAAUCCUGAAGUGAUUUUACAUAAAUCGAUAAAACAACGUUUAAAUGAUAAAUUAAAAUCGUUAAAAUCGUUUAGUAGCUCAUGUCACGAUUUUGGGGCAUUCAAUGAUAAAUUAUUCGAUGAUAAUCGAAUUCAAAAAGAAAAUUAUACGAAUGAAAUUAAAGAAAAGAAACGUCGAAUUGUUGAUAUAACAUUUCAAUUACCUCAUAUGACACGAACGGUUUCCUUAAAUGAUUUAUCAAAGUUAAAUUCGUUUCCACCGGAAAAUAAGGGUUCGAAAUCGUUAUCGAGUUUAAACGAUUUAAAUUUGCUUACUUCGUUCUCGAAUUAUGAUACGUAUCAUACGAUUCACGCGGGAGUUAAAGUUCCUGAUCAUAUUAUGAAAUGGUCGUUAACAAAUUAUAAAUUAAAUCGUAGUAAUAGUUAUGAUAGUUCGAAUUCGAUAUCGAUAUCGAAUUCGAAUUGGUUUGUUCAUGAUGAUAAACGGUAUAAAAAUCAUUUGAAUCUAUGUCAUGAGAAUUUAAUUAACGAAGAAUUAUCUUCCCCGAAGAAAGGAACGAUGACUAUUGAUCGUAUUAAAAUACCUUACGUGAAAAUAAAACGUAAUUUAAUAAAACGUCGACAAAAACAUUUAAGUUUACCGAAAUUUCGACAUAACAAAAAAACAGUAGUAUCUACAACACUGAUACAUGAUGUAGUAGAAAUUUCUUCUUCUCCAUCCCGUUUGGAUACAAAUUAUAUUCAACACAUUCAUCACAAUGCCCCUAAGAUAAUUCCUAGGCCACCAUCAACAGCAACAGCAGAUGUUUUAAAUCAAAUAUCAUCGUCGAUCAACGUCGAUACAACGAGCCCCAAUCCCGAACAAUUGUUACUACAACGAUUAAAAGAGAAUCAAACACAAAUUGAGCAUCCAUUAACAUUGAAUAGCAUUCAACAAAAGACAAGUAAUAUCCAUGCUACAACUCUUCCUCAUUUAUCCUCAGCUGUGAUACCUAAUUUACCUUCAACUGCGAUACCCUUAUUCGAAACAAACAUAAUACCUUUAGCACCUACAACAGUAGUAGUAGUUCCUCCUCCUACAAUCACGCCACUAGCUCCACUAGCUCCACUAGCAUCCGCAUCCGUAGCGAUUACAUCGAUACCAACAAUAAACGCGCUUCCAGAUAGUAGUAAUAAUACUGUCAUCACAACGGCUACCUUAGACGAUGGAGACAUUGCGUUGGCACUUAAAGAACUCCUUCAAAGGCAACGUGCUGAAUUAGAAGCGUUACAUUUAAAACAUCAAAUGGAGAUCGAAAUGUUAACGAAAAAUAUGAGAAAAAUACCAACACAACCUCCGUCAACCAACAAUCUUACUACAGAGGUUCAUCAAACAUUUUCUGAAGGAAUAUCAGAUGGUGUAAGUCAAAUACCGGUACCUGGUGUAAAAGAACAGUCCCCACCUCCGCAUCUAUAAAAACACAGACUUUUCAUA